CCCUCCCCCGUAUUCGAUCCUGUUCGACUCCAAAUUUCCCUUCAUCAUGGUCCCUGUCCGCGCACCAUGUUGAGGCGAUACAUGCCCGUCCGGGGAUGGUCCAGCCGGCGUCGCGUCGUCGUGCUUAUCGCCCUGCUAGCCUUGUUCUUGCUAGUCAGGAGUUUGCCAGCGCUGAAGAGUGACUUGAACAGCCGCGGAGACGUUGCGCUUUCCGAGGACCGGCCGCGAUACUUCUACCACUCUACAUUUCGCAGAAACCCCGAUCGGAUAUAUGAAGAGAAGCUGAGAAAUGCGCUGCAGGAAAUUGAGCGCCAGCAAUUGGCGCUCAAUAGCCACGAGGACAAGGCGCAUACCUUAUGGCAGAUCAUGCUGGGCCAGAAUCCCAGCGCAGAAAUGCGCAGUGAUGAUUCGCUCAAGUUUGAAAAGAAGAACUCCGAAUGGAAGUACUCGCUUGUGACAACCGAAUGGGCCGACGAAUUUGUGUCUAUCACUCUUGCCUCCAUUCCAGGUCUCGCCAGUCUAUACCAUUCAUACCCGCAUCAUGUUCUCCGAGCGGAUUUACUGCGCUAUCUGAUUCUGUGGUACUUUGGUGGCUAUUAUGCCGAUACGGAUAUUUUCCCCGCGACAUCAAUCAAGCAAUGCCCAUCGCUCCGGAAUUCAGUGUUCAAAACCGACAACCCCGACAUUUCCCUCGUCGUGGGCAUCGAAAUCGACGAGCCAUUCGCUUCUUCUCAGAAAAUGCGUGACUGGCACUGGGUCCGCAGCUACGGCUUCAUCCAGUACACGAUGUAUGCGCCGCGUCGAUUCAGUCCACUUUUGAGAGAAGUGAUCGUGCGAGUCCUAUCGCAUACGAAGCGCCACAAAGACGAAAGUAAUAUCUUCCUCGGGGCGCGGUACAAUGAACUCACUACCCUCGAAAUCACCGGACCGGGCGUCUUCACCGAUGCCAUUCUAGAUGUGCUCUCCGAUACAUUACCGUCAAAUCACUCCUUGAUCUCAGAGUCAAUUAAGGCCGACGAAGGUCUGGGCGACCUUGUAGCGGAGUACUCAACCACUCCCCAAGAGCGGGUGACAUGGGCACCUUUCUACCGACUGAAGGCACCACUGUGUGUCGAGGGCUCUGAGUCUAAGCCAGGAUCCCAACUGGGUGGAUUAUGUGUUUUACCUGUGAAUGCCUGGGGUAAUGGACAAAGACAUAGCGGGUCAGAAGACUUUGGUAGCUCCCAUGCCUGCAUCAACCAUCGGUUUGGUGGGACCUGGAAGCCGUGGAAGCAGAGCUGGAAGAAGUAUCUCUUUGGGUGAGCGAUUACGAAGGUUCCAUGUUGGAUUCAACUGUUUUGUACAUGACUACUGUUUCCAUUGUACAUAUACGCAUUAUGGCGCCAUGACUGGGGGGGCUCAUCUGUAUGAUUGUAUUAUGUUAUGUGAUUAUUCAUGAUAACAUUCCGAC